GUGAUGCUCUGGUAGUGCUUCGGUCAGAUCCAAGCAGUGGCUGGCAGUAUUUGAUCUCUCACAGUUUAAUUAAUGCCAGUUUGUCCAUGCUGAAAUCUACAGCCACAGAUAUUAGACUAACUGUGCCAGCAGAACUUACUGACUACCUGUCUCUUGCAUGGUCACAUUUGAAGAGUGAGCUGGCUAGAGAGCUUCUCAGGCUAGGAAAGCUGAAUGUUGAGUCAGCUACUUCUCAGGGUCUUAACAUUCCUGCACUGUUGCCUACAGUUGGAGGUGUGAUGAAGAAACCUCACCCCUUGUCAUAUGUUGGACUCUCUCUUAUGAAUAAAUUCCACAUGGACUUCAUCACUUGUUGCAUCACUUCUGGUUUGCAGCUGCCUCUGUGGAUGUAUUGCUCCAUUCACGGCAUCAGUCCAUCGGAAAUCAAGCUGGCACAAGAAUGCUCCUGGUUUCCUCUCUUCCAGGCAGUGUAUUCCAUUCCCAGACAUCCUACAGACAGGACACUGAUGCUUUCUGCCAGUCUUCUAGCAGCUGCUGACCUCUGGCCGUUGUCCUCUGGUGAAAUGACCGUUGAGGCGAUGCUCGAGAAGAACCAGAUCUUGGCUGCAGUCGGUACUCUGUGCUACAUGUCUGAGGAACACCCCAGCCUGAAUGCAUCAUAUAUAGAAAAGUAUCUUCACAAAUUUCCCAAACUAAUUCUGGCUUUAUUGCCUGAAAGUCAUGAGUCUUCAUCCAAAGGCAAUACCACAGUUUAUCAACUGUUGAUGGGCACAGCACCCUUUGAUUUAAGGAGGUUAUUUGGAUGGCAUUCAACAAAUGUUUUUGCUGGGGAAGACAGCCCAAGUUUAAUGCCCCACUUCUCAGAGCCUCAUCUGAAGAGCUCACAUUCAAGGCAGCAAAAGUUGUCAUUUCCCUACUACCUGAAACACGGUCGCCCAAUUUAUGCAUUUCUAUCAUUCUUAUCAGAAGAGUUGGACAAAAGAGAAGCAACUCUUUCUCUAAGAAGAGUACAGCAGGCUUGUGGUGCAGCUCUGUGGAUUGCUUGCCAAAACUUCAACACUUCUCAAGUAACCAGUUCUUGCGUUGUGUUUGUUGAGUUGCUGGGCCGUGACAGCGCCCUUGUUCGCUCCAUGAUACAUGCUGGACGUCUCCUUCUUGCUCACAGACACCGAAAUGUGGGCGGAGGAAUAGAAGCAAAGAAGGAGCAAUUAAAAGAAUGUGUCGCGGAAAUAGUUUCAGAGUUACAGGCAUGCAUACGUAGCCGUCAUCGCCAUGGCAGCAAGUUGAUUGCAUCACUGGAAGCCGCCAUCAAAGAUGAGGUCCGGAUUGAAGGUAUUGGGAGUUGUAGCUUUGAAGCCAGUCAUAAAUGGAUGCUGGUGAUGAUGUUAUGCAGACUGUUAGGACUACCUCUGUCCAACUGCUUCCUGCAGUUGUGUGCCGAGAAUGACAAUUGGCUGAUGUUUGUGUGGUUUGCUCAGCUCCAUCAGUAUCCAACACACCAGCUUCAGAUGUUACUUCAUUCAUUUGCAAGUCCUCAUCUCCGAGAUCACCUGUAUUAUGUGUUGAACAAUGCUGACUGCAAGAUGUUUUCGUCAUCCUCAUCAUCUGUCUCCUCACCAGCCACUGGUGGCCUCGUCACAUCUGAAAGAUCCAAUCAAAACCAGAGGACAUCCUUGUACAAUAAAAUUGGCUUGCAGAGAUCGAAAGUUGGCUCAAGUAGUGAUGAGGAAGAUGACAAGAGUGGGCAUAUUGUCAUAUCAUCUUUUUCUUCAAGACUGAGGCAAACAGAAUUCAGUGAGUCAGAGAUGCCAGAAUCCACUGCUCCAGAAGAUGUUUUCCGAAUGCUGUUUCAUAGCAGCUCCAUGCCUUCACAGUGGAAGUGUUUGUUGGCUGCUUCAGUCUCUCUGUCAAAUCCUCUGUUUGCCGAACUCGCUGCUUGUUGUGGCUGUCCUGCCACACCCAGUCUUUGCGGAUGGCUGCUGGCAUCCCUUAACCCACAAGCCAAGCACAAUCUUCUCAGUCUUCAUGGUCAGCAGGUCAGCAAGUGGACAAUGGAGCACCUGGAAGCUGUCAUAGAAGCUACUCUUUCUUGUGGACAGGAAGAUUCCCUCACCACAGCAUUCAUCAUUCUACAGCCUCAAUCUCCACUGUUGCCAUUUCUGAACUUCAUUCUAAAAUGUGUCAGGAGAGGCAACUACGCUGCAUGUAAAACUUAUCUUGAUCAGUUCAAGGAUGCCAUGGCAUCUAGUGAAAAUCAGAAAAGCCCUACAAAGAUUGCAUCUGAUGUGCAGACACUGGGAGAUAGAGUAUGGUUUGAAAAAAUCACAUAUCUGGUGAUAAAACACGAAUUGAAAGUCAAUGACACCCUUUAUCAUGCCAGGCAUUUUUUGGAGAUUUUGGACAAACAUAAUUUAUGUCUUGUCUUCAGUUUUGAUGUUUUGGACUUCGCCAAACUUCAUAAAGUAGUCAGCAUUCUGCAUGCAAACUCAGUGCCUAACCUUCACCUUCCCACUUUGUUGACCUCCGGCACUGGAUCACAACCAUUUGUAACUCAGUGUGAGAUCGCUGUUGAUUAUUUGAUAAAACAUCGACGCUUUUCAGAAGCCCAGGAACUGACAGAAGUGGCUGGCAUAAGCCGUGAGAAAGUCACCAUGAGUCAGCUGAAGGAGGAGAAAGGACAGCUGAUGAACUGUGGUGUCUGGGCCUCCAAAUUUGUCAGAGCUCAGUAUUGGAGCAAGUGUAAAGAGCUGAUCCAACAAGCCAACUGUAGAUAUGAAAUUUGUCAUCAGUUCUUUCAGGAAGAACUACAAGGAACACUUGCUGAGUUUGAGAAGGCAGUUCUGUAUCAACAUUGGUUUUCAUUACUAGAAGCGAACUCUCAGCCAGAAAUAGUGGCCAUUAAAGAUGCUGUUUUUAGAGAUAUGUGGAGACAUCGAAUAGCAGCCAAGGUAGCCUUGGAAGAAAUAGAACCACUGGAUCAAGUUUUUGAUGAAGUGAGUUUAAACACGGUUAACCAGGAUGACCACAGAUUUGAUUUAGUUGAUGUAGCUGUCAUAUCCCACAGUGGAACAGAUGCACAUGAUCUCAGCACUGAGGAAUUGGAGGUGCUUGACUCACUAAUGGGCAGCUACCUGGAGAAGGGGAGGGUGAGUGUCUGCACUGAGGUGGCUGCUGUGUUUGGACAUUACAGCCAAGAACUGGCGAUUAUACAGACUUGUAUUGCCCUUGCCACCAGACAGACCAGUAUUGAAAAUAUUGAACCAGCAAUGAAAAGGCUUAUUGCCAAGAGCUCAACCAAACGUGUGAGGACACCCUCAGUCACCUUGAGCCGGUCUUUCAGUAUAAACAGCAUCAGCACUGUAGCAUCGAGUGUGAUAGAUGUCAGCACUAGUGAGGCACAAGACAUCAUCACAGUCAUGGAAAAGUUGUACACUCACUGUGACAAGGGAAGUCAAGUGUGUUUGAGGAUAAUAACAUGCUUCAAAAUUGCACAGAUCCUGGAGCUUGAGUAUAAGGAUGUUGUGAUGAACUCUCCCUUCGACUCACUGAGGCAGCUCCUGAGAAUUAAUGACCCCAACAAAUUUGCACUGGCCAGAGAUUUUCUUGCCACUAGUGGCCUCUCAGAUGAUGAGGUCACUGGAUUUUUGGCUGAUUCAAUUGUGGAGGUUCUGAAAAUAUUUGUCAAAGGAGAUGCUACAGACCUAGAAACAGAUAUAAAUGGCGGCCACACUGAACUGAUUUUCAACCCAUCGGAUGGCAUGGAAGUGUUCUCACAGUUUUUGAAGCUUUGUGAGAACACAGCUUUACUCGGAGACCGCAUCUUGCAGGCUGUCUCAUCAUUCUUAUCCAACACUCAGCAGCAGAUAUCAGCAGCUGUUCUGACAAUUCAGACAGAGUUGAUAAUUAUGGCCCACGAGUGCUACACCAUAUCUUCCAACAUGGAGGGAAUAUCCCACGUAUUGCGUACUGCAAGAGUGUGCUGUGAUCGUAUAGCGGAAGCUCAAGAAUACUCUCUUAUGAUUCGGCUAUUGACAGGUGUGGGGAGGUACAGCGAAAUGUUGUAUAUCUUCCAUGCCUUGCAGCAGCACCAUCAGUUUGAAUUACUUCUCCGCAAGGGAAUGGACAGGGAGGACAAACUGAAAGUGGCCAUUCUUGAUUACUUGAAGCGAUAUCAACCUGAUGAUAAUGAAGCAUACACAAUGGUAGCUUUGAAGUUUACCAUGUAUCGGGACAUUGCAGGAAUGUUGGAAACUUGUGGGUACAGAUCCUUGAAACAUCUCAAAGACAAGUCAUUAGAUAACUCUAAAGGCACGCAGGAUUUGUUGAAGAAGUGCUUGCAGUAUUUCAGGGAUGCUGCAGAAAGCUAUGUGAAGGACAACAGUGUCAGAAAAGCUCAACAUUGUGUCAAGCAAGCAAGACUGUUAUCCCUGCAGCUCCAACUGUUGCCUAACGGUGUAAAUGUCAUUAAUUUGAACAGAGAUCAAGUGGCAGCCUUUGUCAACAGUCAUGGGAGGUUUAUUGAGGCCAUGGUCGUAUCAGAUGCCUAUGACAGAAGAGCAGAUUGGGCAGAAGCAGUCUACAAUAAUGUGGUUAUUAAUGGAGACAUGCGAUACUUGCAAGAAAUGAGGCUUCAUGUACACAUCACAUCAGCCCUAGUUGAAGACGUGGUUAAAAGGUAUAAACAAGCAACAACAAGAAACAGUGCAGCUCUGACAGCAAUAACAAAGCUGCUGACACUGACCAAGGAUGUUCAGCUUCAGUACAAACUGGCAUCUGAGCUUGGCCUCACUGAUGUGAUCACGACACUGCUCAAAGGUGACACCGGUUGCUAUCUUCAGGAUAUUAUGCCAGUUUU